UGCCGCCCGUAAUAAUUUCUGGGGUUCGCCCUCGUAUUGGUGAAAUGGGAGAAGACUAGUCUAUGAGGAGCUGUGCUGCACCAGUGAAAUAUACAUCAGAUCAGUGUUGUAGGCACUAGAGAAACAGAAUCUGACUUCACACGCAGGUUAAAAAGCAUCAAGCAGUUUCGGACCUGAGACAUUACUGACCGUAACUAAAAGUGUUCCGAAGCAUGGAAAGUGCCGCGAAAAGAAUGUUCUUAUUCUUAUGGAUGGUGUAUCUGUUGCUCUUAACUGAGUCGAAGACAUCCAAGCAGAUGAGAUGUCCCGGGGGAUGUACUUGCUCUAAGGAUAAUGCUUUGUGCGAAAAUAGAAAAUCCAUUCCUCUCAAUUUUCCUCCCGGUGUAGUUUCCUUGUCGUUUGCGAAGUCUGGUUUCACUGAAAUCCCACAAGGCAGCUUUUUACACAUGCCUUCCCUGCAGCUCCUCUUGUUCACUUCAAACUCUUUUGACACUGUUGGAGAUGAUGCCUUCCUUGGUCUUUCUCAACUCAAAUACCUGUUUGUAGAAAACAACAAAAUCCAAUCCAUCUCAAGGCAUGCAUUUCGAGGACUCAAGUCUCUAAUUCACCUAAGCUUGGCAAAUAACAACCUUAAGACACUUCCAAAGGAUGUAUUCCAAGGGCUGGAUGCUUUGACUAAUGUAGAUCUUAGAGGGAAUUCUUUUCAUUGUGAUUGCAAACUGAAAUGGUUAGUGGCGUGGUUAAGCAGCACAAAUGCCACAGUUGAUCAGAUUGACUGUGCCAGUCCAGCAGAGUAUCAGGAUGAUAAAAUUAAUAAUCUCUCACUGAAGGAAUUUGACUGCAUGACUACAGAAUUUGUCCUUGAUCAGUCUCUACCGUUUCAGUCCCUUUCCAUUGAAGCCUUCACUUUUAUGAAUGAUGCCCAUGUUGUUAUUGCUCAACCUAUCGUGGGGAAGUGCAGCUUUUUUGAAUGGGAUCACGUGGAGAUGGUUUUCAGAAAUUAUGACAACAUUAUUGGCAGCUCCACUGUGUUUUGCAAACCACUGAUCAUUGAUGCUCAGCUGUUUGUUAUUGUGGCCCAGCUGUUUGGCGGCUCCCAUAUCUACAAAAGGGAUAGUUUUUCCAACAAGUUCAUCAAGAUGCAAGACGUGGACAACUUCAAAAUCAGAAAACCCAAUGAUAUUGAAACAUUUGAAAUAGAAACAGAGAGGUACUUUGUGAUUGCAGACACUUCAAAGGCUGGUUCAACUACUGUGUACAAGUGGAAUGGAAAUGGAUUUUACUCCCAUCAGAGUCUCCAUUCUUGGUUCAGAGACACAGAUGUGGAAUAUCUUGAAAUAGCUAACAAGCCACAUUUAAUCUUGUCAAGUAGUUCCCAACGUCCUGUCAUCUUCCAGUGGAAUAAAAGCCAGAAGGAGUUUGUGUGGCGCACGGAUAUCCCAGACAUGGAAGAUGUGUACGCAGUGAAACAUUUUGUUGUUAAUGAUGAUCUCUACAUUUGCCUGAACAGAUUCAUAGGCGACUCCAAAAUGAUGAAAUGGGAGAAUUCCAGGUUUGUGGUGAAACAGUCCUUUCCCUCCCGCGGUGCCAUGGUUUUUCAACCUCUCAGAAUAAACAACUGGCAGUAUGCUAUCCUUGGGAGUGACUACUCAUUCACCCAGAUCUACCGCUGGGAAAACAAUAAAGAGAAAUUUGUAAAAUUCCAAGAACUAAACAUCCAGGCUCCGCGAUCAUUUACAUUUGUGGUGACAGACAAUCGUGAGUUCAUGUUCAGCUCAAGUUUCAAAGGAAAUACACAAAUAUACAAACAUAUCACCAUUGAUCUGAGCACAAUAUGAGAAAACGUUCAAGUCUAUUUAAGAAUUAGUAAAAUGACAUCUUAAAAGUAGCUUUGGGUAAUAAUAUUUACAUGGACGUGAUAAUGAAACAUAUGCAUGAUUUAUCAUUGUUCUGCAAUGAAUGCUAUCAGGUUCCGGUUUACUGGGAAAAAUAUUUCUAUUCCUAGUGUUCAUUUUCCCUAUUUUUGAUUGCAUUACGCAUAGUGGUUUCUGAACUCUUACCGUAACACAGUGAGCAAUUAACUGUUGUACUUUGCUGAUGCAAGCUGUAAAUAUAUGUGUGAUCAUACCUGUUACUACAGCCAAUAUUGAGAUGUACAUUUUCAUUUAUUUAUUCUACUGAAUGAACAAUCUUACAAAUAAAAUCUUUACAUUUUGGGCUGUUUUUAACAAAAAUUAUUUCACACCAUUAACUCCUGAAGGAAAAUGUUCUCUUUGCUAAUGUGAGAAAUAUUAUGUGGAAGAUUUUGAUUGUUCCUGUUUAUAUUCAAAUAAAUAUGCUUGUUUCCCAAGAAAUAUG